AUUCCCCACGCCACCACCACUACCUCUUGAACGCGACAUCGCAAAGUCGCACCCUAACUUCUAUCCCAUGCCACCUACCCUCCAAUCGUAAAUAUCCCCCCUUCUACAGUGUCAUCGACAAAACAGACAGACAGAGCGAAAGAAAGAUACCCAACAAAAUGAGCGCCCCCCUCCGCCGCCUCAUGAAAGAAGCCGCCGAGCUCAACGCCUCGCCCAGCCCUCACUUCCACGCCGCUCCCAUCUCAGACAGCAACCUCUUUGAAUGGCACUUCACGCUCGCCGGUCCGCCCGCGCCAUCCGCCUACGCAGGCGGCAUCUACCACGGACGCAUCGUGCUCCCGCCGACCUACCCGCUGCGACCGCCGUCCUUUCGCUUCCUGACGCCGUCGGGUCGCUUCGAAGUCAACCGCGAGAUCUGCCUUAGUAUCUCGGGACACCAUGAGGAGCUGUGGCAGCCGGCUUGGGGGAUCCGGACUUCGUUGUUGGCGAUUAGGAGCUUUAUGGAUGCGGAUGCGAUGGGGCAGGUGGGAGGGAUGGAUGCGAGUCGGGAGGCGAGGAGAGAGUAUGCGGGGAGGAGUGGGGACUACGGCUACGAGCGGGGAGCAAGCGCAGCACCCACAAAGUGGUGCAGAGGAGACGGAGAACGCCGCACCAGUCUCCUCUAUGAGCUCAACCCAAGCAGCCACCACAUCUACAGUCCCUCUGAAUCCCGCCUCUCCACCACCUUCUUCAUCUUCAUCUGCACAACACCAGCAGCAACACCCAUUACCCCGGGAUUUCCCCCGGCACAAACCCCCGCCUCCCCGCUGCAGGCAGCGGCAGCGGCCCCACCACCAGUCCCCGCAACCGCAACACAGGCCCACUCGGGAUCGGCUGCAGCUUCCCAGACUAACUCUAACAGCACGCCGUGGCUGGACCGAGCCAUCUUCGGAUUGUUUAUCGCGCUGCUGGUUAUGAUUUUGCGACGGAUUGCACGGGACGAGUAAUGGAUUGGAUUGUUUGGGUUUGGGGCUGACUUACCUACCUGUAUUGGGAUUUUACAAGGUGAUGGUUAGGCGUUUCUUUUCCUUUUGAGACUAGGAGUGGCGUUUGUGGCUUGUGAUAUUUGUUAUUAUAGCUUU